AUGUGUGCUGGGGCAGGUGCGGGUGCGUGUGUGUGCUCCUGCUCUGCUCUCUGCUCUGUUCUCCUGCUAAGGUUCCUACCUAGGUGCUUAGGUAGACAGGAGGAAGGGAAGGUACGGAAGGUAAGGUACGAAGCUGAGGUACUGAUUAAGCAUACCGGGGUACCUGCUCUUGCAGCUGCUGCACAGCGGAAAUCGCAGUACACCCACUCACUCCACACGUUGUAUCUUUCCUUACAUCGGCCUUCCCUGCCGUCCCUGCCUUCUCGUGUCCACUCCCUCCCAGCUCCCCUUCGCUCUUUCCCGCGCCUUGCCUUUUUUUUUUUUUUUUUCCGUCUUCCCUCUGGGCUCCUUCCACACUCACCUCCAUUCUCCCACUGCCAGACGAGCAGGGCAGGGAAGGUGCUGUAUCCGUUCAUCCACCUUCGUCCAGAAACGGUACGUAACUUUAGGGCAGACAGUAAAGUGCCUCUUUCAUCGCACUGGGGGGGGGGGGGGGGGGGGCAUGCCACACACUCUCUCUUCAUCUCUCAGUCUCUUUCACACAUUGGGACGGAAUUAGAGGUGACGGGAGAGGUGAGAAGUGAGUGA